GAUGGUUAAUGUUUUUGUCAGCCAUAAACUAUUAGGUCGUAAUGAUUGAGUUGAAUUGCAUAUCUGGUGUUUGGAAAUUGAAAAAUAACAAUUGUUGGGAUUUUAAAUUUGAUGUUGAAAGAGGAGGGUCUCUUACUUUUAUCAAUGAGGAUACGUGUUUCACUGAUUUGUGUGCUGUUGUUAUAGAAGAUUUUGGAAUUGAUGUCGGUAUUAAUAUAGUGAAACUCAGUUAUUCAUUACCCUCUACAAAAGACAUGCCUCCUAUGUAUAUUAGAAAUGAUAGGCAAGUGCAAGCAUUUAUGAAAAAGCUUGCGGAAUUCAGAGGCGGUAUUCAGCUAUGUGUAACUGUUGAGAAGGGGAAAACAAGCACUAAUCCAAUGAUGGGGACAAGCAACAUCUCAAUUAGUAGUGAGAGCAAUACAGAUCCUUAUUCUACAUAUCAAGUCAUGAAUGAGGUACAAAUGUAUUCUGCAAACCCUGCUCCUAUAACUUUUGUUUCAGCUCCUGCAUGUCAUGUCAUGAAUGAGAUGAGAUUUGACUCAACCAUCCCGGAGAGGGUUAGAACUGAAACGGAAUCCUUCUCUAAUAUAUCUGAAGGUUCAGCUCCUGUAGGUGGUUCUACUAUUUCUGCAUCUUCAAAUACUUUGUAUUGUGGAAAGUUGUUCAAGGACAAAAAGGAAAUGGGAAGGCAGAUGCAGUUAUUUGCAAUGGAGAAUAACUUCGAGUUCCGGACUAAGAAAUCAGACUCAACACGGUAUACUCUUCGUUGCAUUGAUGAAAAAUGUAGUUGGAGGUUACGUGCAACUAGGGUUAAGGCAUCAGAUAGUUUUAUUAUUAAAAAGUAUGUUAGUGAGCACUGUUGUGAUUCUUCGCUAAGGAAGGUUAAUCAUCGCCAAGCAACUGCUAGGACAUUAGGAGAAAUGGUAAGUAAUCAUUUUCGUGGAGAGAAGCUUGCGCUUAAACCUAAACAACUGAUAGAAAAAUUCAGACACGACAAUGGGAUUGGAGUUUCUUAUUCAAAAGCGUGGAGAGCUAAAGAUCAUGCAAUCGAUGUUGCUAGGGGUACACCUGAAGAUGGUUAUGAGUUCUUGCCAAUGUGGAUGUACAUGGUAAAUGAGAAGAAUCCUGGUUCUGCAACCUUCAUUGAGGUCGAUCCUGACAAUAAAUUUAAGUACGCAUUUCUUGCUUUUGUUAUGAAAGAUGCAGCUUAUGCUUACACAAGGUUUGAUUUUGAACAAUUGUUCCAUGAACUGUCUCUUGCUGACAACAAGAUGGCACAGUAUCUGUGGGAUUUGGAUGUCAAAAAAUGGUCACGUGCUUGUGCACCUGCCAAUCGAUACAACAUUAUGACAUCAAACUUAGCUGAGUCUUUGAAUUCUCUGUUGAAAGAAAGCCGUGAGUAUCCAAUUGUCUGUUUGUUUGAUACAAUUAGGUCUACUCUUACCAGAUGGUUCAAUGAACGACAUGAGAAGGGUACUCGUAAUAGGCAUUCAGUUACUGUGAAUGUGAUGAAGCAAGUAAAGACACUGUAUGAUUCUACUGCACGCUGGCUUGAAGUGUCACAAGUGAAUCAACACGUGUUUGAAGUGAAAGGAGGUACGUUGGUUCAUGUUGUGAAUUUGGAAACAAGAGACUGCACGUGCUGUGUGUUCAAUAUCACGAAAAUCCCGUGUGCUCAUGCAAUAGCGGCUGCAAAACAUAUUAAUCUUAACGAAUAUGAUUAUGUUGAUACCUUAUACUCCAACAAAAGGUGGACGCUAGCAUAUUCAGAGAGUAUAUAUCCCGUUGGUGAUAGGACACAAUGGGAGAUUCCAGCCGAUGUUGCUGCUUUUGUUUGUCGACCACCAUCUUCUCGUGUUCCUAGUGGCAGGCCUAAGAAAAAGAGAAUACCUAGUGGAUGGGAGUAUGGAAAAUCUGCAACAAAUUACAAAUGUCGUCGGUGUGGUCAAAAUGGACACAACAAAAGUAGUUGUGUGGCUCCAAUAUAGUUUUAUUUUAUUUUAUUACAUAACAUAUUAAGUAUUUUGUGACUUUUUUAAAAAAUAUUAUUGAAAAACUUUCAUAACUUGUUAUAAAACCUUUUUUACGUU